AUGGAGGUGGUACAUUUCUGUAAGGUAAGAACUCAGAGAGUAAGGCGAGUUCAAGUGUUUCUUAGGUCUAUAUGAGCCCCAAGUCCAUAACAAACUGUUUUGAGGACAGCCGUUUUAGCAACCCCUGGUAGAGUUUUCUGUCUGUGGCUGUUCUUGUUAUGUCGGAUUUGGCCCGCUCAAAGUGGUCAAGCCUCGGACCGACAGGCCUCUGCACACACAACCACAGUUAUUCAUAAUUCACACCACCGCCAAAGAGAGAGAAGAAGGAACAAAACACUAUUUACCUAUAGGCUGCAAUAGCCUACAUAUUUAUUCAGCUUGUCAUUCUAUCGUUUUCAUGGAAUUUUUUGUGGUAAUUAAAUAUAUUUUAUUUAGAAUUGAUCAGAAUUGAUUUUCAAAUAUUUAGCAACUCCGUGUAUUCUCAAAUUGAAAAAAGCGAGGGAGUGCCACUCCACCGCGCUUCAGCAGCACUACAUCCCUGGCAGUGUGUAAUGCAGCCUAGUUUUAUUUACACCAUCCCAGCAGCUAUCUUAGAAAUAUAAAUUUGUGGUCUAUAGCCUACAUUUGAUUGAGACCACACUAAAUAGCCUAUAGGCACACAUGAUAUUGUACGCCCAGCAGAGAAUCAGAGAUGAGAGGCAGCAUCAGGCACACAUCGAUAUAUAGCCUUUUAAGCAAGUAAUUCUAAAACACUGAGAAAUAUUGCAAUUUCAUCCAUUACAAAUUACAUGUUCCUCCCCUGGACUAGAUUUAAAAAAUACUAAACCCUUCCCUUGACUGAAAUUGAAAGAGCAUGACCCUCCCCCAUUUUCCUCCAGGUACCCAUUAGGUACAUUUCUGUCCAUCCCUUAUAGUUGAAGACUCUUCUUUGAGUCAUAAAAGUGCAUUACAAUUGCUCAGGAACUGGAGAGGUGUGUGGCCACUUGGAGACACCAGUUAGUCCUCUCACUCAAAACAUUGUAACUUUUUUGUCUUAUGCUGCACCUACCCCACAUUUUCCAGGAAUAGUUUUAUUUUACUGAAUGUAUCCAGAGUAUUUUUAGAUUUCUUUAUCAACAAAUGUGGCGAAAGUACAGUAAAUAUAAAAUUAAAAUUAAAAUCAACAGUGUAAUGGUUGGAUUCAGUCUUGUCAGGUGAACUAUUGUGUACUCACCUUUUGGUCUAAUUUCCCCAUUAUCUCCAAACCUUUCCCUUUCAUUUGCUACCAUGGUUAUACAUUUGCUUUUCGUAAUUUUCUGUAAGAAACAUAUACAUUGAGCCCUAUCCAUAUACACUACCAGUCAAAAGUUUGGACACAUACUCAUUCAAGGGGUUUUCUUUAUUUAAAAAAAUGUUUACAUUGUAGAAUAAUAGUGAAGACAUCAAAACUAUGAAAUAACACAUAUGGAAUCAUGUAGUAACCAAAAAAGUGUUAAACAAAUCGAAAUAUAUUUGAGAUUUGAGAUUCUUCAAAUAGCCACCCUUUGCCUUGAUGACAGCUUUGCACACUCUUGGCAUUCUCUCAACCAGCUUCAUGAGGUGGCCACCUGGAAUGAAUUUCAAUGAUCAGGUGUGCCUUCUUAAAAGUUAAUUUGUGGAAUGUCUUUCCUUCUUAAUGCGUUUGUGCCAAUCAGUUUGGUAAAAGACCAAGUCCAUAUUAUGGAAAGAACAGCUCAAAUAAGCAAAGAGAAAUGACAGUCCAUCAUUAAUUUAAGACAUCAAUACGGAACAUUUCAAGAACUUUGAACGUUUCUUCAAGUGCAGUCGCAAAACCCAUCAAGCGCAAUGAUGAAACUAUCUCUCAUGAGGACCACCACAGGAAUGGAAGACCCAGAGUUACCUCUGCUGCAGAGGAUAAGUUCAUUAGAGUUACCAGCCUCAGAAAUUGCAGCCCAAAUAAAUGCUUCACAGAGUUCAAGUAAAAGACACAUCUCAACAUCAACUGUGUGAAUAAGGCCUUCAUGGUCUAAUUGCUGCAAAGAAACCACUACUAAAGGACACCAAUGAUAAGAAGAGACCUGCUUUGGCCAAGAAACACGAGCAAUGGACAUUAUACCGGUGGAAAUCUGUACUUUGGGCUGGAGUCCAAAUUUGAGAUUUUUGGUUCCAACCGCUGUGACUUUGUGAGACGCUGUGUGGGUGAACGGAUGGUCUCCGCAUAUGUAGUUCCCAACGUUAAGCAUGUAGGAGGAGGUGUUAUGGUGUGGGGGUGCUUUGCUGGUGACACUGUCUGUGAUUUAUUUAGAAUUCAAGGCACACUUAACCAGCAUGGCUACCACAGCAUUCUGCAGCGAUAUGCCAUCCCAUCUGGUUUGGGCUUACUGGGACUAUCAUUUGUUUUUCAACAGGACAAUGACCCAACACACCUCCAGGCUGUGUAAGGGCUAUUUGACCAAGAAGGAGAGUGAUGGGGUGCUGCAUCAGAUGACCUGGCCUCCACAAUCACCCGACCUCAACCCAAUUGAGAUGGUUUGGGAUGAGUCGAACUGCAGAGUGAAGGAAAAGCAGCCAACAAGUGCUCAGCAUAUGUGGGAACUCCUUCAAGACUGUUGGAAAAGCAUUCCAGGUGAAGGUGGUUGAGAGAAUGCCAAGAGUGUGCAAAGCUGUCAUCAAGGCAAAGGUGGCUAUUUGAAAAAUGUCAAAUAUAAACUAUAUACUGAUUUGUUUAAAAAAAAAUUGGUUACUACAUGAUUCCAUAUGUGUUAUUUCAUAGUUUUGAUGUCUUCACUAUUAUUCUACAAUGUAAAAAAUAAAGACAAACCUUGAAAGAGUAGGUGUGUCCAAACUUUUGAAUGGUACUGUAGGUCUAUUCCCACCAGUGGUUAAAGUGGGCUUAUUUUUAUAGAUCUUGCCUCUCCCUAAACAGCAAGAAGCAGAUUGUACAGUCAACGUUCCUGACAGUUAUUGACUAUGGUAACACAAUUUACCAGAAUGCAGCAGCCACUACUCUUAAACCGUUGGAUGCCGUCUACCAUAGUGCUCUUCACUUUAUCACAGGUAAUUCGUUUUAAUACGAAUAACUGCAUCCUGUAUCAAAAGUUUGGCCGGUCCUCAUUAAAGUCCCGUAGAUCACUUCACUAUUCCCUUUCUGUUUACAAAGCUCUACUACACAAGCUUCCGACUUACCUAACUUUGUUGUUGAAAUAUAAAAACAUGAGUUACCAAUCCAUGAGUUCCCAAUCCCAUUCAGAGGGUUGGUUAACUCUCGUGGUUUCGAAUUAGGUAAAUCUGCCUUCAGUUUUAAUGCCCCUCAUUUUUGGAAUAACCUGCGUCUUGAUUCCUGGUGUCGCUAGCGCAGUUUAGGAGUCUGUUGAAUUUGUUAAAUGAGAAUUGUAUUUGUUUUGAUUAAAUGUACAAAUGUAUUGUGGUCAACAAUUGUAGUAAAAACAAUUUUUUUACCUGUGUUAUUAUUAUUUGUUAAUUAUUUUUGCAAUGUUUGUGUUUUUGUUAUCCUCAGGUCACCAUUGAAAAUGAGACCCUUAUCUCAAUGGGCUCUCCUGAUUAAAUACAAGUUAAAUAAAUAAAAUAAAAACAAAUCAAAAAAAUAAUCACUUAUGUUAUGCUGUAGAACUUAUGCUAUAUUUUGUAAAGAUGCAUGAAUAUCACUUAACUCGAAAGGAUUAGACUUGUACAGUAAAUGCAUAUAAAACUUAUUGUAACUUUUUCUGUUUAAAAAAUAAAUACAAAUCGACACAUUUAUUACAAGCCUAACAAUAUUUUAUAUUUUGAAUCCCAGAUACUCAUAGUUGCCCUUUGAUAACUGCUUUAAAAUCAUUAGAUAUGACAGCCUUUCUGUUCGAAUAACUCAUUCUGUCUUGUAAUAGGCUGUGCGACCAUAACAUUUCAAUAAUUAUGCCGUGUGUUGUACGGCUACAUCUACCUCCUGUUUGAUUUGUUUAUAUUCAGUCAAAGAUCGGAUCAGAAUCACUCAAAGCUGUGUAGCAUAGUGAUUUCCCUAUGCGUACUCCUGUGUACACACACCCGGCACACAUAUUGUACCAUGACGAUGCUGUCUGUAUGGUAAUCACCCUAGAAGUAUAUUAUGUUUCAUUUUUUUCUCAUAACGCUCAUCAUAACACGGUAAUGUAGAGAUGAUAUUUUUCCCUGUAAGGAUAUUAAUAUUGAGAGACAGAGAGAGAGAUGUUGUGUGAUAAAGUGCGAGCGUGUGUAUGUUUCCGGUCUAUUCAUACCCUUAAUGAAGCUCUUGAGGUGACAUGAUCGUAGUGUUGUGGAAAUAAUUGUUUUCCACAAAUGAUCCAGCGCCCACCCUUGGGCCAAUUAGUGACAAUUAUUCAAAUGUGUGUUGCCUGGAUUAAUGGCAGAGAGAAAAUAUUUCAUGACUCCAGCUCAAAAGGGAAAGGAGAUAUUCUUGUUCAAAGUUUGGUGGGGGACAAAAAGUAUAAUUCGCGGAGAAUGUAAUGGGCCAAGCUGGGAAAGUUGUUGCUCAUGAGAUAGCCUCUGCCAAGUCCCCAACAACCGGAUGUUCCGGUUUUCAGGGGAAAUGGAAGAGAGCCUGUGAUGUGACUUCUGCUUUUGGUAGUUAACAAGGCGACGUUCCAUCUUAACUCCUCCUCCACAUUUACUGGAUUGGUUAAAAGUGCAGAAAGAGAACCUCCCCUGACAGUUAUUUUUCUUCUCGUCAAGACCAGUAUGUAGGGGAUCUAGUUUCAGGUGUUUCUUUUACAUCUGCUACGUUAGGUUACCCAUGAGGAGAUGCAUAGAUGUACAAAAUGUCAUGACUGUAGCUCAAACAGGACAGGCGAUAUGCUUGUUGCCAGCCAGCCAGUCAUUCUCAGCCGCAUACACCCUCACAUCAGAGCUGGGUCUAGCCUUGUCUGGCAGCGAAACAGUUCAUUCAGCCUCAUGUACACCCUUUUUAAAAAACAUAUCUGAUAUGGCUGACUUGUUUGAACAAAUGUUGUUUCUACUGACAAUUGAGAUGUACAAACUAUGGCAUAAGGGAACGACGAGCGGAUAAGAGGCAAUCUGUAAUUUAAAUUAAGACAUUAAUGGACGGACAUAGUCAAUAUAACUAUUUGUUCAGCACUUUUGAAAUGUACAGCGACAGAAUUCAGAACAUGGGCCGUACUUACGGUAUUCUCCCUAUACACCAACUCAGAACCGUAGGAUAAAUAAAGGGGGCAUAUAAGCAGACAAUGAAAGCUCUUCAAAUAUUAAAUGAUGACAUUACUCUAAAACAGGCUAUAGGCUACAUGUGCACCACCAAGUCAGAACAGUAAGCUAAGUUAUGAGGAGGAAAGGGACCAAAUUAUUAGGGUGAGGCACAUGGGCUACUAACAGCUUACUAUACAACAUACACUUAGUAUUACUUUCUUAGCUACAGUAUACAUAUCUCCCUGGCAUAUUACAUAAUUUACAAUGCCUUGCAAAAGUAUUCAUACCCCUUGGCGUUUUUCUAUUAUGUUGCAUUGCAACGUGUAAUUUAAAUGGAUUUUUAUUUGGAUUUCAUGUAAUGGACAUACACAAAAUAGUCCCAAAAAAGUGAAAUGAAGAAAAUCUAUUGUUUAAAAAAAUUCGGAAAAGUGGUGCGUGCAUAUUUAUUCACACCCUUUGCUAUGAAGCCCCUAAAUAAGAUCUGGUGCAACCAAUUACCUUCAGACGUCACAUAAUUAGUUAAAUAAAGUCCACCUGUGUGCAAUCUAAGUGUCACAUGAUCUAAGUAUAUAUACACCUGUUCUGAAAGGCCCCAGAGUCUGCAACACCACCAAGCAAACGGCACCAUGAAGAUCAAGGAGCUCUCCAAACAGGUCAGGGACAAAGUUGUGAAUAAGUACAGAUCAGGGUUGGGUUAAUAAAAAAUAUCAGAAACUUUGAACAUCCCACGGAGCACCAUUAAAUCCAUUAUUAAAAAUGGAAAGAAUAUGGCACCACAUCAAACCUGCCAAGAGAGGGCCACCCACCAAAACCCAUGGAACAGGCAAUGAGGGCAUUAAUCAGAGAGGCAACAAAGAGACCAAAGAUAACCCUGAAGGAGCUGCAAAGCUCCUUAGCGGAGAUUGGAGUAUCUGUCCAUAGGACCACUUUAAGCCAUACACUCCACAGAGCUGGGCUUUACGGAAGAGUGGCCAGAAAAAAGCCAUUGCUUAAAGAAAAAAAUAAGCAAAUACGUUUGGUGUUCACCAAAAGUCAUGUGGGAGACUCCCCAAACAUAUGGAAGAAGGUACUCUGUUCAGAUGAGACAAAAAUUUAGCUUUUUGGCCAUCAAGGAAAACGCUAUGUCUGGCGCAAACCCAACACAUCUCAUCACUCCGAGAACACCAUCCCCAGAGUGAAGCAUGGUGGUGGCAGCAGCAUGCUGUGGGGAUGUUUUUCAUUGGCAGGGAAACUGGUCAGAAUUGAAGGAAUGAUGGAUCGCGCUAAAUACAGGGAAAUUCUUGAGGAAAACCUGUUUCAGUCUUCCAGAGAUUUGAGACUGGGACGGAGGUUCAUCUUCCAGCAGGACAAUGACCCUAAGCAUACUGCUAAAGCAACACUCAAUUGGUUUAAGGGGAAACAUUUAAAUGUCUUGGAAUGGCCUAGUCAAAGCCCAGACCUCAAUUGAGAAUCUGUGGUAUGACCUAAAGAUUGCUGUACACCAGCGGAACCCAUCCAACUUGGAGGAGCUGGAGCAGUUUUGCCUUGAAGAAUGGUUAAAAAUCCCAGUGGCUAGAUGUGCCAAGCUUAUAGAGACAUACCCCAAGAGACUUGAAGCUGUAUUUACUGCAAAAGGUGGCUCUACAAAGUAUUGACUUUGGGGGGCUGAAUAGUUAUGCUAGCUCAAGUUCAGUUUUUUUGUCUUAUUUCUUGUUUGUUUCACAAAAAUAAAUAUUUUCCAUCUUCAAAGUGCAAAUCAAAUUUUACAAACCCCCAAAAAAUCAAUUUUAAUUCCAGGUUGUAAGGCAACAAAAUAGGAAAAAUGCCAAGGGGGGUGAAUACUUUCGCAAACCACUGUAUGCAGCAGCAUACAAUACAUUUUUGGACUCACCUUGUUGUGCUGUGCUCACUUGAACAGGAAGGUGGCAUGGCGGUCCUUCUUGUAGGCAAAUUUUGUCAUCAAACUUUGUCAUCAAAGUCUGGCAUUGUAUGGAUUUAUGGUGCUUUCAAGACAACUGGGAACUCGGGAAAAGAACAAGGUCGAAUCAUGACGUCCGUGUUCUUCAGGUCGGUGCUCUAUAAAGAGGCCUGAGUUCCUGACUUGCAAUUCCGAGUUGGAUGACCUUUAAAACGUAUUUUCCCAGUCGGAGCUCGUUUUGUUCCGAGUUCCCAAUUGUCUUGAAGUCAUGCUGGAUUGACAGCAUGACAAAUGUAUUCAAACAUUUCUGGCACAUGGUGUUGCAUGUGAAUGUUUAUCCUUUUAAGCUUGGAAAAGAGACCCAUAACCCAGACUUGGACCACACAACCACUCCACUGAAUAGCAGGCUAGUGAUUGCUUUGCAACGCUUGCAGUUAGCCACUGAUUCCUUCCAAACCACUCAUUGUUGAAUUUGCGAUUUCCAACUGUAAUGUUUAUGUCCAAUGUCCGAUAAGCACCGAUACGUUUUAUCUAUAAUUUCUCUUCAUAUGACUAGGAUUGAAAAGGAUUUGCCAGUAGAUUGUCGACUUGAUUCAUGAUGAUUACUGCUUGUCUAACUUGCUAGCUAAGAUUAUGAAAGUAUGAUGUUGACAUGAUCAGUCCGAUCAAAGCUACGGUAGAUAUAAUGUGAUUUGACGUCAUUUUAUCUGUGGCCAAAGACCUUGCGCCUUCUUGGAUGGGCACUUCUAAUAUAAAUAUAUGGCAGCACCCAAGGGGCUUGAAUUUUCGAGUUCUCCCCGUACAUUUUGCGGUGAUGUAGUGUCCCCAUGAGUGACAGAACACUGAGCCAAUCACGGUGUAACUAGAGAACAUUACCAACCCCUACGCUCCUUAUUUUCCUACGGCUGCCCCACCACAGAAAGCACUGAGCUAGACUAAACACGUGCAUUUUGGAGCUGCCUUACUCAAGAAAGCAAAAAAGAGACCAUGUUUGUGUGCGGCUUUAUUAACUCAAUUAUAUUUUUUAACAUUGUUUGUAAACUGAUAUGUGACACGUAUGAAUGCCAAAAUGACAUGCAAAACAGGCAACCCAACAAUGUUUUUGUCUUUAGCUAAACAGGUGGGGCUCAAAACAGGCUCUGCCCUACCAGCCCUGAAUGACGGGUCACCACUGAUUGUAACAAUCAGGAGACAGUUGGGAUUGCCUAAAGUGUAAAUGUUAUAGAAUUACAUAUACAGUAGAUUAGGUAAUUCAUAGGAUCUUUGUGAAAAAUUAUGUUGAUGGCAUCUGAUAUACUGUGUGUUUCCCCCAGACAUUGACGAGUGUGCGGAGGGCCUGAUCCAGUGCCACAAUCACUCCUGCUGUGUCAACCUGCCGGGCUGGUACCACUGUGAGUGCAGGAACGGUUUCCAUGACAAUGGCUCCUACCUGAUCGACGGGAGCUCCUGCAUCGGUUAGUAUGCAGUCAUUGUAUUCCACCUCUGUUGGUCGUCUCCAUCUCUACUGCUCCUGUCCAUCUUGGUCUUCUGUAGCUCAGUUGGUAAGGCUGUAAGUCGCUUUGGAUAAAAGCUAAAUGUCACAUAUUACAGGGGAGGGGAAGGGGGCUGUUAACAUGGCUUUGCAGCUUUUUUUUCUGCUGCAUGUUGCAGCCUUUUGUUGUGUAGUCUGAAUGAAUGAAUGAAUUAAUUAAUUAAUUAAUGGAAUUAGAUUUGCACAUCAUGAGGACAGCAAUCAUAAACAAAUAUAUAAAUAGUAGACACGGAGUAACAAUCAAUGACAGUACAACAUACAACAUUCAUGUAUAUAGAAAUCAAUAUCAAAUACUGUUUAGUGCAUAACAGUAGCUGACGUAGUGAAUCACAUGUAAUCCCAAUCUCAGUUACUGUGAGAAGAGCACGAUUUCUCCCUAUACCUCAGGAUGUAGCGAUGCAUCGAUCAUGCAGAGAUACAAUGGUCAGGAAUACACAGGAGAAUGUCACUAUCUAUAGCUUAAUUUCUCUAUCUCUGAAAUGUAUUAGUGCAGAAUAUCUCUUUAGAUUAUAUUAGAAUAACUUUAUUUUUCCUGAGGGGGGAACUUAGUUUCUUACUGUUUGAGAUAAACAGUAUGCAUCACCCAUAUAGAUACAGUAGGGAGUAGGGUAAACUCUAUCAUAGGCACAGGAAAUAUCCCAAUGCCCAUUCUCUAUUUCUGAAAUGAAUAGCAGAGGACAGUGACUGUUGAGUCAUAUUAUACACUCUGAGAAUGUACUGUACCCAUUGCCCAUGUAGAGGUACCAUGCUCAAACAUGGUAUUUGAUCCCCUGCUGAUUUUGUACGUUUGCCCACUGACAAAGACAUGAUCAGUCCAUAAUUUUUAUGGUAGGUUUAUUUGAACAGUGAGAGACAGAAUAACAACAAAAAAAUCCAGAAAAGCGCAUGUCAAAAAUGUUAUAAAUUGAUUUGCAUUUUAAUGAGGGAAAUAAGUAUUUGACCCCCUCUCAAUCAGAAAGAUUUCUGGCUCCCAGGUGUCUUUUAUACAGGUAACGAGCUGAGAUUAGGAGCACACUCUCUUAAAGGGAGUGCUCCUAAUCUCAGUUUGUUCCCUGUAUAAAAGACACCUGUCCACAAAAGCAAUCAAUCAAUCAGAUUCCAAACUCUCCACCAUGGCCAAGACCAAAGAGGUCUCCAAGGAUGUCACGGACAAGAUUGUAGACCUACACAAGGCUGGAAUGGGCUACAAGACCAUUUCCAAGCAGCUUGGUGAGAAGGUGACAACAGUUGGUGCGAUUAUUCGCAAAUGGAAGAAACACAAAAUAACUGUCAGUCUCCCUCGGCCUGAGGCUCCAUGCAAGAUCUCACCUUGUGGAGUUACAAUGAUCAUGAGAACGGUGAGGAAUCAGCCCAGAACUACACAGGAGGAUAUUGUCAAUGAUCUCAAGGCAGCUGGGAUCAUAGUCACCAAGAAAACAAUUGGUAACACACUACGCCGUGAAGGACUGAAAUCCUGCAGUGCCCGCAAGGUCCUCCUGUUCAAGAAAGCACAUAUACAGGCCCGUCUGAAGUUUGCCAAUGAACAUCUGAAUGAUUCAGAGGAGAACUGGGUGAAAGUGUUGUGGUCAGAUGAGACCAAAAUCGAACUCCUUGGCAUCAACUCAACUCGGCGUGUUUGGAGGAGGAGGAAUGCUGCCUAUGACCCCAAGAACACCAUCCCCACCGUCAAACAUGGAGGUGGAAACAUUAUGCUUUGGGGGUGUUUUUCUGCUAAGGGGACAGGACAACUUCACCACAUCAAAGGGACGAUUGAUGGGGCCAUGUAUUGUCAAAUCUUGGGUGAGAACCUCCUUCCCUCAGCCAGGGCAUUGAAAAUGGGUCGUGGAUGGGUAUUCCAGCAUGACAAUGACCCAAAACACACGGCCAAGGCAACAAAGGAGUGGCUCAAGAAGAAGCACAUUAAGGUCCUGGAGUGGCCUAGCCAGUCUCCAGACCUUAAUCCCAUAUAAAAUCUGUGGAGGGAGCUGAAUGUUCGAGUUGCCAAACGUCAGCCUCGAAACCUUAAUGACUUGGAGAAGAUCUGCAAAGAGGAGUAGGACAAAAUCCCUCCUGAGAUGUGUGCAAACCUGGUGGCCAACUACAAGAAACGUCUGACCUCUGUGAUUGCCAACAAGGGUUUUGCCACCAAGUACUAAGUCAUGUUUUGCAGAGGGGUCAAAUACUUAUUUCCCUCAUUAAAAUGCAAAUCAAUUUAUAACAUUUUUGACAUGCGUUUUUCUGGAUUUAUUUGUUGUUAUUCUGUCUCUCACAGUUCUUUAAAUGAUAUGAGAAAAAAAUAUUCAAUUUUAUUUGGAACGGCAAGCCAGACAAAAUUAAAAGGGCAUAUUUAUAUAAUGACUAUGAAUUCGGAGGACAGAAAUUAUUAAAUAUUAAAGCAUUAGACCUAUCACUAAAAGCUUCAGUCAUACAAAAGUUAUACUUAAAUCCGAACUGGUUCUCAAGCAAAUUUUUAAGAUUGUCUCACCCAAUGUUCAAGAAAGGCCUUUUUCCCUUUAUUCAGAUUACAACAACUCAUUUGCAGUUAUUUGAAAAGGAAAUAAUCUCCCAAAUAUCACUAUUUCUAAAACAAGCCAUAGAAAGUUGGUUGCAAUUUCAAUUUAAUCCUCCAGAAACGAUAGAACAAAUAAUGCAACAAAUAUUGUGGUUAAAUUCAAAUAUACUAAUUGACAAAAAAACUGUAUUUUUUGACAGAAUGUUUAAAAAAGGUAUAAUCUUCGUAAAUGAUAUCAUUGGUAGGACUGGUGGAGUUAUGUCGCACAUGCAGCUAACAAAAACAUAUGGAAAUGUCUGCUGUACCCAAAAUUACAACCAAAUAAUUGCAGCCUUACCGCAAAAGUGGAAGAGGAAAGUGGAAGGGGAGAAAGUAAGGAACUUGUCUGUCGGCCUUGCAUUAAAGAACAUAAUUGGUUAAGGAAAACUGUGAUAAAUAAAAAAGUAUAUCAGUUUCACUUAAGGACCAAAGGAUUGACAGCCGUCCCAUAUAGAUUGCAAAAUAGUUGGGAAGAGAUCUUUGACCAACCGAUCCCAAUGGCAUAGUGUUUAUGAACUGACACGCAAAACGACACCGGAUUCAAAAAUUUGAAUCUUUCAAUUUAAAUUAUUAUAUAAAAUUCUUGCUACCAAUAUAAUGUUAUUUAUAUGGGGGAUAGAAUCUUCCCAGCUCUGCAUAUUUUGCUGUGAAGAGACAGAAUCAUUAGAUCAUUUGUUUGGGUUCUGUCUAUUUGUAGCUUGUUUUUGGACACAGGUUCAGGAAUGGCUAAAGGAUUGCAAUAUUUACUUGGAACUAACCUUGCAGAUAGCAUUACUGGGUGAUCUGAAAAGUCAUAGUCAAUCGAUCAAUAAUAUAAUAAUACUUUUAGCAAAAAUGUUUAUUUUUAAUUCACAAUUUGUAGAAGCAAUGAGAAUAGAAAGGUUCAGAACUUUUGUAAAACAUCACAGUACGGUUGAAAUAUAUAUGGCAAAUAGAAAUCCUAUAUGGAUGGUGUUAAGAGAUAGAUGGGAGGUAUUGAAUAGAGUUGAAGGAUGGGGCUAAUAACAAAUAACAACAAAUAAUAACAAAGAUAGCUAAUAAUGUAAGCAUACUGUGUCCAUAAUAAGUAUAUAGGUUGUAUGUUGGGAGCUUUUGGGAAAGAGCACAGUUAGAAAUAUAUGGCAUAUAGAAGCAAACCGGAUGGACAUCAUGAAAAUGAACGGAGAGGUUGAGAGUAGAAGAAGUUCAGGAGCAAAAAAAAAUAUAUAUAUAUAUAUAUAUAUAUAUAUAUAUAUAUAUAUAUAUAUAUAUAUAUAUAUAUAUAUAUAUAUAUACAGUGGGGGGAAAAAGUAUUUAGUCAGCCACCAAUUGUGCAAGUUCUCCCACUUAAAAAGAUGAGAGAGGCCUGUAAUUUUAAUCAUAGGUACACGUCAACUAUGACAGACAAAUUGAGAAAAAAUAUCCAGAAAAUCACAUUGUAGGAUUUUUUAUGAAUUUAUUUGCAAAUUAUGGUGGAAAAUAAGUAUUUGGUCACCUACAAACAAGCAAGAUUUCUGGCUCUCACAGACCUGUAACUUCUUCUUUAAGAGGCUCCUCUGUCCUCCACUCGUUACCUGUAUUAAUGGCACCUGUUUGAACUUGUUAUCAGUAUAAAAGACACCUGUCCACAACCUCAAACAGUCACACUCCAAACUCCACUAUGGACAAGACCAAAGAGCUGUCAAAGGACACCAGAAACAAAAUUGUAGCUUGGUUUGAAGAAAUCAACUGUGGGAGCAAUUAUUAGGAAAUGGAAGACAUACAAGACCACUGAUAAUCUCCCUCGAUCUGGGGCUCCACGCAAGAUCUCACCCCGUGGGGUCAAAAUUAUCACAAGAACGGUGAGCAAAAAUCCCAGAACCACACGGGGGGACCUAGUGAAUGACCUGCAGAGAGCUGGGACCAAAGUAACAAAGCCUACCAUCAGUAACACCAUACCUACUGUGAAGCAUGGGGGUGGAAACAUCAUGCUUUGGGGCUGUUUUUCUGCAAAGGGACCAGGACGACUGAUCCGUGUAAAGGAAAGAAAGAAUGGGGCCAUGUAUCGUGAGAUUUUGAGUGAAAACCUCCUUCCAUCAGCAAGGGCAUUGAAGAUGAAAUGUGGCUGGAUCUUUCAGCAUGACAAUGAUCCUAAACACACCGCCCGGGCAACGAAGGAGUGGCUUCGUAAGAAGCACCAUCAUUUGCAAAUAAAUUCAUAAAAAAUCCUACAAUGUGAUUUUCUGGAAAAAUAAUUCUCAUUUUGUCAGUCAUAGUUGACGUGUACCUAUGAUGAAAAUUACAGGCCUCUCUCAUCUUUUUCAGUGGGAGAACUUGCACAAUUGGUGGCUGACUAAAUACUUUUUUCCCCCACUGUAUAUAUAAAAAAUAUGGGGGAUUGGAAGUGAUGCACACAAUUACAUUGAUAGAAGAUACAAUCUCUCUGCAAUAUUAAGCUGAUCCACCCCCCAAAAAAUACAUCAAUAAAAAAUAAAAAAAAGAGCAUUUUUGUUUACAAAAAAGUACUAAGUCAUGUUUUGCAGAGGGGUCAAAUACAUAUUUCCCUUAUUAAAAAUGCAAAUCAAUUUAUAACAUUUUUGACAUGUGUUUUUCUGGAUUUUUUUGUUGUUAUUCUGUCUCUCACUGUUCAAAUAAACCUACCAUUAAAAUUAUAGACUGAUCAUGUCUUUGUCAGUGGGCAAACGUACAAAAUCAGCAGGGGAUCAAAUACUUUUUUCCCUCACGGUAUGUAGAAUAGCCCCUUAGCUUCUAACGACUCUUGUGUAGCUUGUGCACGUUAUAGAGCAAAACAUGUUACACGUGUGUGUGUUCAUGAGAGUCUUAGCUUUUCAUAGAUUUGCCAAAAUGUCUAAAAACCUGUUUUCGCUUUGUCAUUAUGGGGUAUUGUGUGUAGGUUGAUGAUUACAUUUUUUUAUUUAAUCAAUUUUAGAAUAAGGCUGUAACGUAACAAAAUGUUGAAAAAGUCAAGGGGUCUGAAUACUUUCCGAAUGCACUGUGUGAGACAAGUUGAGCAAACACAUUUAAAAUUAACUGAUUUUUUCCUAAGUUCUCAAGUUGGAGCUAAAUAAUAAUUUCUAGUUGAAUUAACAUAUGAGAUAAGUUGAGCAAACACGUCAUUUUAAAUUGGAGCUAAGUUUGGGCCAACUAAAACAUUUCAAUUCAGGUAACACUUUGACAGAAAAAUUUAGUAAACAAAAAAAGGCUGUGGAACCAGUUACUUAAUAAUAAUUAGUUGAAACACAAUUACAUUUUUUUACAGUAUAUGUCUUUCCCUGACGGCAAUUUCGUUUAAUUUAUGUAAAUAAUGUGUCACACUUACCAUAAAUUCCAGUCAGAACUUUUUUCACCAAUUAGUGUGUGUAUUCAGCGCUGUUACUUGAGGUGGAACUCUCUAAGUGUAUCCUGAUCUGUGGCGUGGCUACCGAGUCUCCUCACCAUACUCUGGGUGUAUCUCUGGGUGCAUGCUACCCAAUCCCCAAUAUAGUGCACUACCUUUGAUGCUCAGAUCAAAAGUUGUGCACUAUAUAGGGAAUUGGGUGCCAUUUGAAACGUACCAUUUUUCUCUCUCUCUGCCUCCCAGAUAACGCUGAUGUCACUGGGUAAAAUGCAAUUAAAAGUUAAGGUGGUAAAAAAACUAUUUUCUAUUUAUUUUUAUUUUUUCAAGAUUUCAGGGGCAUUCCGUACAUUGUUAUAUUGUUGCAGGGUUUUAUUCAUGUUGAUAUGCUCUGUCUCUGGGCACACUCCUGUUGCAUUUGCAACAGCCAAUGAGGAUCCUAAUAAACUAAACUAAACACUGGAAGAACAUGUAAGAGAUAAAGUAGAGAGGUGAAAAUGGUGUAGUGAAGAAAGUCACACAUUCUUGUUUUUGAUUGGUAAAACAGCUAUUCUCUGUUUCAGACGUUGACGAGUGCGCCACGCAGACACACACAUGCUGGAACGACAGUGUGUGUGUGAACCUUCCGGGUGGCUUUGACUGUAUGUGCACAUCUGGACCGGCCUGCAGUGGAGACUGUCUUCAUGAGGAGGGCCUCAAACACAACGGACAGGAGUGGAACCUCAGCCUGGACCGCUGCACCCUCUGCUCCUGCAAG